CCCACCACGCGCCCUCCCUCCGCUUUCUUUCUAAAAAUCCAAAGGCCAAACGCGUGGGUCCUUGCCUCCGCUUUUGACCAGUGACCACCCACUCCUCGUCUCCGUCUUCUUUCUCCAGUCCUUCCUCAUGGAGGACUGAUUAGCCAAUAUCCCCCAUUCUAAAAGGGCCUCGCUUUGGCCCAUCGAUCCGUGGAUACACCAGUUGAUGGCAAUGGGAGGCCAAUUUAGCAAGACGAGAAGCGGCCGCGGAGAGGGUAGUCGUAGUAGUGGUAGUGGUAGUGGUAGUCGCAGUUCUAAUCGCCCGAUCCGAUUCAGCUCCGUUCCCCUUCCCGAAAUCAACCGCGAUCUGAGCUCCUACGAGGCCGCUUGCCGGCGCGAUCCGGACCUCCGGUCCUUUGACUCUUCCCUCCAACAGCGCACCAGCAGGCUCAUCACCUCCCUCGCCGACGGCGUCGACGGACGGUCGCUUUCCUUGGACGUCCUCCGGAAUUUGCUCGAGUUCUGCUUGGUCGAGGUCAACCAUGAAGUGGUCGAUUUCAUCCUCCAAUGCAAGGAAGACAUAUGGCGGAACCGGGAACUCUCCGAUCUGGUCGACGACUACUUCAAGAACAGCUUCCUUAACUUGGAGCUGUGCGCCGCCCUUGACAGAUCUCUCAAGCGUUCCCGCGACGGCCUACUCGUAGUCAAGGCCGCUUUGCAGAGUUUCGAGCAAGACGGGAGCAACCAAACUGAUCAAGGCUACGGGAAAACAUUGGGACAGUUAAGGGAAUUCGAGGCCAUCGGGGACCCUUUCACGGAGGAGUUCCUAUUGCUGUUUCAGUCAGUUUACGAGCACCAAAAGUCGAUGCUGAACAAGCUGGACGAGAGAAAGAAGAAGCUUGAUAAGAAGUUGGAAUCCGUUAAGACGUGGAGGAUGCUGUCCAACGUAAUAUUUGGGGCCACAUUUGCUUCCGUUUUGGUCUGUUCCGUGGUGGUGGCGGCCAUUGCUGCACCGGCGGUUGUGGCGGCUCUGGUAGGCGUGGCGGCUUCGGCUCCUCUGGGGUCUAUGGGGAGCUGGAUUAACUCCCUCUGGAAGAAACACGCGAAAGAACUGGAAGGACAGAGGAAAAUUAACCUUUUAAUGCGAACUUAUACAGACUUUACGAUCAAGGAUUUGGAAAGCAUUCAGGUACGCGUGGAUAGAUUGAAAAUUGAUAUAGAAGCCAUCUUACACAACGCGGAGUUCGCUCUUGCAGAAGAGGAGGGGGUGAUUCUGGCAAUGACUGAGAUCAAGAAGAAUCUCAAUCAAUUUAUGCAAAGUAUAGACGAGCUGACCGAGCGUUCUCAUACGUUUAGCCUAUACGUGAGAGAAGCGAGCUUGGUGAUUCUGAAAAAGGUUAUUGAACAUCCCAGCACCGGCUGAAGAUCAAAUUCAUUUCAGGCCGGUAUUCUUAAAUUGAAAAGAUUUCUAUGAAAUCUUGCCAAUGUAAAGUUCUGAUUUUUCCUUAACCGGAGCAGAUUUCCAUGAAAUAUUGGUUUAUGACCGAAAUUGAUGGCUAUAUGGUUAUCUGGCGGUUCCAUCCGUCCAGUUUCCCUUCCCCUCUUUCCCCCUCCCUCCCCCUACUUCUGCCCCAUCUUCUCUUUCCCUUCUUAUCCGUGUAUUCGGUUUCCGGUGGCUGAAAAGAUUUCUAUGAAAUCUUGCCGAUGUAAAGUUGUGAUUUUUCCUUAAUUGGAGCAGAUUUCUAUGAAAUCUUGGUUUGUGACCGAAAUUGAGGGCUAUAUGGUUAUCUGGCGGUUCCAUUCGUCCAGUUUCCCUUCCCCUCUUUCCCCCUCCCUCCGCCUACUUCUGCCCCAUCUUCUCUUUCCCUUCUUAUCCGUGUAUUUGGUUUCUGGUGGCCCCAUCCGACCAGUUUCCCCCCUCCUCCCUCCCUUUCUCUGCACCGCUUCUCUCUUCCCCCCCAUGCCGUGUUCGCGGCCUUUUGGCAGCUCCUUCCGACCAGUUUUCAUUCCUUGGUUGAGUUGACCGGCCUAAUAUCGGGGAAUUUGACAGUUUGCUCCUGUUUCAAAUUUCAUCGCCGAAUGGAGUUGUCGGUGGUUGGAGGUUCUUGGAAUUGACGGUUCCCCCCUCCCCUCAAAGAAGUUCUGUGGUUCUUUGGUGGCUUCUACCUGGCCAGUUUCCGUCCUCCAUUGAGGCUUCCGGCCUAGUAUUGUGGAAUUUAAUAGUUUGCUCAUGUUUCAAAUUUUAUCGCGAAAUGAGGGUUGUCCUUAGCGGUGGGUGGUUCCGGCCUGGCCUGUUCCCCUCAGGGCUUCUCUACUGUUCUCUUUGGCCCCUCUUCUUAAUGAGGCAGUUGUUGAUGUUCUCCUUUGUAUGCUGUUUCUUUAUUGUAUAUGGUUUUUUAUCUCGCAUGUUUGAGGUCUACCCUAUUGUUGAGUGUUGCUUCCUCUUUA